AUAUGUAGAUUCGUAGAUUAACAAUCGAUUAAUAUUGUAAUAAAUUUCCACCAAUACAGCCGCGGCAUAAUUUGUGAAUUCCGAUAAAUAGCAAAUGCCGUUAUAACCGAAAGCAGUAAAGAUUCAGAACAGAAGCCAUAAUGUUCAAAUUUAUUUGCGUAGCUCUCUUCAUUUCUGCUAUCAUUGAAAUUAGCUUCCAAGCUGAUCCAGGAUCUGACAUCCUUUCAAACGAUGAAGCACAGUCCAAGCCUCUUGGACCAGGAAAUCUAGGAAAAUAUGCAGGACCUUCGCACAAGGGAAAAGGCAACACAGGACCUUCGCAGAAGGAAAUAAGUGACGGAGGAAAAUAUGCAGGACCUUCGCACAAGGGAAAAGGCAACACAGGAAAAUAUGCAGGACCUUCGCACAAGGGAAAAGGCAACACAGGAAAAUAUGCAGGACCUUCGCACAAGGGAAAAGGCAACACAGGAAAAUAUGCAGGACCUUCGCACAAGGGAAAAGGCAACACAGGAAAAUAUGCAGGACCUUCGCACAAGGGAAAAGGCAACACAGGAAAAUAUGCAGGACCUUCGCACAAGGGAAAAGGCAACACAGGAAAAUAUGCAGGACCUUCGCACAAGGGAAAAGGCAACACAGGAAAAUAUGCAGGACCUUCGCACAAGGGAAAAGGCAACACAGGAAAAUAUGCAGGACCUUCGCACAAGGGAAAAGGCAACACAGGACCUUCGCAGAAGGAAAUAAGUGGCGGAGGUGAUGCCGUUUAUUCAAAUUAGAUGACGUUAAUUAUUCAAUAUAUUUUAUCAUUAAUUUCAAUAAAUAUUAUACAAGCAUAAA